GAUGAUUUGGUGAAUGAAAAGAUUGUUUAAGCAUUUGUUGGAUGGUUUUCUUGGAAAAAUGGUUUUUUGCUAAGCCUGGUAUUGUGGGGCAGUAGCUUGAGGAAGGUCUUUGAUUGGUUUGUUGAAUAUGGGUUGUGUUUGUGGUAAACUUUCUCGAAAGGUCAAAGAUCGUCGGGAUGGCCAAAAGAAGAGAGAGUUAGAUAAAGGGGCAUCAGCUGUGAGUUCAAAGAGAGAAAAGAGUUUUAGGGUGAAAGAGAAAUCGGAGAAUGGUGAUAUAAGUGUUGGUUCAUUCGACAGGAAGCCUAAUGGAUCUAAAAAGGUUGGGGACAAUAACUGCGAGAAGCUUGAAGUUGUCCCAAAAGCAAUGGAAGGAGAGUUGAUUGCUGCAGGAUGGCCUUCUUCGCUUGCUGCAGUAGCCGGUGAAGCUAUUAAUGGUUGGAUUCCACGCAAGGCUGAUACUUUUGAGAAAUUAGACAAGAUUGGUCAAGGGACUUAUAGUAGUGUAUACAAGGCUCGUGACCUGGUUAAUGAUAAAGUUGUUGCGCUUAAAAGAGUGAGGUUCGAAAAAAUGGAUCCUGAAAGUAUCAGAUUUAUGGCAAGGGAGAUUGUUAUUCUGCGAAGGCUUGAUCAUCCAAAUAUCAUCAAAUUGGAAGGCUUGAUCGUAUCAAGAACAUCUUGUAGUCUGUACCUUGUAUUUGAGUACAUGGAGCAUGAUCUCACUGGACUGGCAGCUCUUCCUGGUAUUAAAUUUACAGAGCCACAGGUUAAAUGUUACAUGCGGCAGCUUUUAAGUGGACUUGACCAUUGCCACAAUCGGGGUGUUCUGCAUCGGGACAUCAAGGGUUCUAAUCUUCUCAUUGACAAUCAUGGCACUUUAAAGAUUGCAGAUUUUGGGUUGGCAAACUUUUUCGAUAACCAGCAAAUUGUUCCAUUAACAAGCCGUGUUGUGACUCUUUGGUAUCGACCACCAGAGCUCUUACUCGGAGCAAGUCAUUAUGGAACUGCAGUAGACUUGUGGAGUACUGGCUGCAUUCUCGGAGAAUUAUAUGUUGCCAAGCCCAUAAUGCCCGGUAGGACAGAGGUGGAACAACUACAUAAGAUCUUUAAGCUUUGUGGUUCACCAACUGUGGAUUAUUGGAAGAAAACAAAACUAUCCUAUUCAGCAGUAUUUAAACCUAUACAGCCUUACAAGCGGUGUAUUGGCGAAAGAUUUAAGGAGCUUCCUCCAUCUGCCGUGGGGUUACUGGAGACAUUACUUUCUAUAGAUCCUGCACUUAGAGGAACAGCAGUUGGGGCUCUUGAGAGUGAGUUCUUCACCACGAAGCCAUUUGCUUGUGAUCCUUCAAGUUUGCCAACAUACCCUCCCAGCAAGGAAAUUGAUGCAAAAAUGCGGGAAGAGGAAGCUAGAAGAGGAGGGACUACAAAUGGAUCAAAAGAACGUCAAGCAGUUCCAGCACGUGAUGCUAAUGCCAAGCUGGCUAGCUCAAUGCAGAGGAGGCCGAGCAGUUCCAAUCCUAAGAGCCAAAGUGACCGGUUCAAUCCCUCGAAGGAAGCUGCUGCUCGUUUUCCAAAUGAUCCUCCUAAACCAUCACAAGCAGUGAAAGAAACUGCGAAAGAUCACAUGGAGAAUCUUUCAGAUAGAUUUUCAGCCAAAGAUAACCUCGACGAUCUUUCAGAGACAUUUUCCCAUUCAGUCCCUCUGGCUCUAGGGGUAUUUGGGAAGAAAUAUGAUGAUAUCUCCAUUGGUCCCAACAGAGCUGACUUGUCAGACUUAGUAGCAUCCAGGUCCGUUGUGUCCGGAGACAAUCGAGAUAGAUGUGUUCAGCUACAAUCAGCCCAUCAAGUAGAAAGGACAGCACGGCUUCUAGACGAACAAUCAAGGAAGCAGGAUCAGAAGUAUUUCACGCAGAACUUUGCUAGUUCUCAUCAAUUUGAAAGUGGAAGGACUUGUACGAAGGAGGCAAAUCUGUAUGACCCUUCUGACAAGGGAAACAAAAUCCAUUAUUCUGGUUCACUAUUAGUUGCAUCAAAUAAAGUGGAUCAAAUGCUUAAAGAUCGCGAUCGUCACAUUCAGGAAGCUGCUCGACGAGCAAGGCUCGAGAAGGCACGAGCAGGUCAGGCUCAUGCUCAGGUGCGAGGAAUGUGAAAAACAUGUAACUCUAUAGUUAUAUAUAUGUAUGUCUAGUUUAGGAACAAGGUAGAUAAGCAUAUAUAGAGAAAGGAGAGAUUUUUCUUGUAAAUCAUAAGUAGCUCUAUGUAUAUUAUCUUUUGAGGAAUAUUAUAUAUUUAUAUUUCUUAUAGAAUAAAAGAGAAAACCAAGA